AGUAGCAGAUUUAGGACCGACGUUAAUCGACGGGACGGUUAUAGAUGCGUUGUUUCAGGUAUCUGGGAUGGACCACACGUUCCCGCCGGUGUCGAUCAGGGUUUUGUACCCUUGAUAGGAGCGCACAUCCUGAAACGGGCUGUCGGGGUUUUCACCAUGGACCGGGCACAUACCGCGGCUGCAACGUGGAAUAUCAUUCGGCAUUACUCAGGAAUGUCCGAAGAAACUAUUCAAAACAUGGAAAGGCUUGUAGACGACCCUUCCAAUGGCAUGAUGCUUGAGCCCAACAUCCACAAUAUUUUUGACAAGCUAAAAAUAUACCUGGAGCAGACGGAGCGAGAAAACGAGUAUGUAGUCAGGGAGGUUGGGGGCAGGGCGUGGAUGCACCCUCGCAAGUUCCUCGGUAAAACCGUCACCUUCAGGAAUCAUGAUGCCCCUACACGAGACUUGCCAUUACCUAACCCUCAUUUCAUCGCACUACACGCAGGCAUCUCCCGAAUUUUGCAUAUGAGCGGCGCGUCUGAGGUAUUCGCACAGAUCUUGGACAAAUAUGAUGGGGCAGCAGGAGGCAACGUCGGAAGUCUGAAAAGCAAUGGAGAUCCGGUGCAUCAACUAUCUUCAAUGUUGUCUGCCCUGUUUAUAGGCGCUUCAUUGAUUACUUAGUGUCUCGCAAUGACAUGGUUCGACAAGGACGGCAAAGUCAAUAAUGACAAGGGUCAUGUUAAUGCAAUCGCAAAUGCCAAACAAGAUGCACUUCCCCGCUGGAACUCUAUAACAGCUCGCGACAUUAAUGUUCUCUCUC